AUGUUAAUUUUUAAAAGAUUGAUCGUGUGGAUUAUUUUAUUUGUGAUUGCCCUAACACAGCUCCUACUUUAUAUACCAAAUUUCAGCUGCAGAGGGUCAUCAGCAUGCUUAGAUCAAUUCAAUUUCUCGAUUAUAGGCUCCUCUAGUGUCACGCAAGAUUUCAUAAACAGCAUCAAGGAAUUUUUGAAACUUUUAUCAUAUUUGGCAAUCGAUAUGGGGUGGUCUAGGGACUUAACAGAUUCAGAUAUUUACAGAGAAGAGAAGUUGGUCGACACCUUCGAUUCAGAGAAUGUUUACAAAGUCAAUUAUUUCGGCUAUUGCAAGAAACGACAUGGAGAACGUCUGUAUUGUGUUCAAAACUGGGGUAGUGGAAUGGAUGUUCUGGGAAUCCUAGUGCGGGACAUAGGAAUUCAAUUGGGUAUGUUAUCUGCGUCUCACCAAAACGACACUCGCUUACUGGGAGAUUCGAUGGUAUUGACCUAUCAUCUGGCUCUUUCAUCCUUGAGAAGAUUUUUGAGAGGAGACCAAGGAAAUGCACUCUCAAAGCUAGUCAUUUCCAAAGACGAUUAUGCGAGCUCUAAGUCUGACGCUAAAACUUCUCGCUACUCUAAAGGUGUGGACAUGGCAUAUCUUCUCAAAGUGGCCAAUAAAUUUCUGUUACUCAUAGAGCUUUGUGAACUGUCAACAAGUUUACUAUUCUUAACAGCCGUGAUAUGCUUUGGCAUAGCCCUUUCAAUGGGAAUUAAACUUCGGAUCAUUCCAUUAGUGUUAAAGAUUAUGAUAUCAGCACUCGCUUCUUUGGCGACAAUAACGUUUACGGGCACGAUAAUCUAUUUUCUGGCCCUCAGAUCUCUCCAGCCAUCGAAAGAUCCACUACAAUCAUCAACUAAAUGGGACAUCAUCAAAAUAAACCUAGGACCUGGGUUUAUUAUAGGUUGCAUCCGGUAUGCAAUCCAAAUCAUUCUCAUACCAUUAGCAUUCCUGAUAGCCAGGCAUUACAGCGCAAGGGAGAAAGAGACCAAGGAAGCUAAAAUUGAACCUCCAGGCUUCCAGAACGAUUGGCUUUAA